AUGACCUCCAUUUCCGACAUCACGAACAAGCACCGCCCCGACCUAGCACCCUACGAAGAGCUCUACAAAUACUUCCACGCGAACCCCGAGCUCUCCAACCAAGAGAAAGAAACAGCAGCCCACAUCUGCAAAUUCCUCCGCGAGAACAUUUCCCCGGACUUCGACAUCCGCCCCAACAUCGGCGGCCACGGCAUCGCCGCACUCCUCCACAAUGGCUCCGGCCCAACAGUCCUCCUCCGCGCCGACUUCGAUGCCCUCCCCGUGGAAGAACGAACAGGUCUCCCCUACGCUAGCAAGAGACGCAUGAAAGACGCCGAUGGGGUGGAAAAGCCGGUUAUGCAUGCGUGUGGACAUGAUAUGCACAUCACCUGUCUCCUAGCUGCGGCGCAGACUCUGGUGAGUUGUAAAGAGGCGUGGUCGGGGACGUUGUUACUGGCGUUCCAGCCUGCGGAGGAGAGGGGGACGGGGGCACAGGCUAUGGUUGACGAUGGGAUGUAUGAUCCUAAGAAACAUAACGUCUCCAUCCCGGAUGUUUGUAUUGGGGGCCAUGUUAUACCGUGGAGGGCGGGCGUGCUGGGGACGAGGAGGGGCUUGAUGGCGACUAGUGCGGAUAGUAUGCGCGUUACAUUGCAUGGAAGAGGCGGACAUGCUAGUAUGCCGAAUAAGCUCAUCGACCCCGUCGUCAUGGCGGCAAGCACGAUCAUGAAGUUGCAGACGAUUGUGAGUAGGGAGAUCGAUCCAGCGGACCAUGCAGUCGUCACAGUCGCGAGCGUGCAGGCGGGUGAUGCGGAGAAUGUGGUGGUCGAUGAUGCGAGGUUGGCCGUGGACUUCAGGGCUACGAAUCAGAGGACGAGGGACAAGACUAUGGCGAGUGUGAAACGCAUCAUCAACGCCGAAGCAUUGGGGAGUAAUGCCGUCAAACAACCCACAAUAACUCUAACCCGCUCCUUCCCCCUCACCAUCAACGACGACGCCGUCACUCAAAAACUCGAAGAAGUCUUCACCUCCCACUUCCCUUCCCACCCCAAAACAUCCUCCGACGGUUCUUCCUACAACAACGAUUGUCCGAAACUUACAGGAUCCGAGGACUUCAGUAUUCUGGGCACUGCGGUCGAUCGGCCGACGAGUUUCUUCAUGUAUGGGGGCACGAGCCAUGAGGUGUGGGAUAGGGCGGAGGCGGCAGGGAGGUUGGAUGAGGAUGUGCCGGUUAAUCAUUCGGGGCUUUUUGCGCCGGUCUUGCAGCCGACGUUGAGGGUGGGCGUGGAUGCGUAUGUGUGCGCUGCGUUGGGGGUUUUGGGGAAGAAGUAG